AUGAACAUGAUAUCCCCUCAUACACUAGGGAGGAAGAGUUAUGCUCGUUUCAAGGAAGAAGUGGACAAAGUGAAAGAAAAAAUGCAAACAGAGGCUGCAACUCCACAUGAUGGUUCUGGACCCAAUGACAUAUUAUCACAAGUGCUAGAAGACAAACCUUAUUACUCGAUAGCAUAUGGAUUAGGACCCAAAUGGGGCGUGAGGGAUUCUCGUUGCUCAAUUAUUAAGACAGCAUUGAAGGUCAAAAAUAACGCUGAAGAGAGAGCACAAAGGGUGGAAGACAAAUGGAACAAAGUCCUCGCUCUGCUACACAAGAACAAUCCAAAUAUAAAUUUGAAUGACAUAAUGGAUUCACCAAAUGAUGAGUCUUCAUGUUGCGAGGAUUCUGAUGAGUUAGGAAAUGGUCCAAUACUUUCCAUGUUGCAAUCAUCAACUGUAGUACCUGAAACUCCAGCUCAAGAUGAUGUUAGUAUAGUUGAUGUUUAUUUGCCUAUGCUUCGAAAUAACUCAUCUAAAGGGGACUCUUCCGGUGUGGAAGCUAAUGAUGUGGAGGCACAAGGGAAAGAUGAUACAUUCUUUGAUUACAUGAUAACCUCAAAUCAAAAGACUGGCGUUGUUAAACCUUUAUGGUGA